AUGUCCAAUUCAUCCGCUGUGGGAGAGUCGCGAUAUUCGAGUAUAGAAAGUGGUGAUGAAGGUGCUGGUGAAAAUACGUUUGGUGGCAUUCCUAAAGGAAUGGGUGAUAGACUAUUUAAAGUUGCACCUCCUGGUGGACAUCGACUGCUUCAGGUGGAAAGACAAAACUUGAGGAAAACUGCAUGUUCUCAAGAUACUUUGGCGUGA